GACAGGGCAGAAGUGAAGGUGGAGAGGUUGUGUUACCUCACAAAGUGAGAAGAAAGAAAGGAAGGGUGUGGCCGUAAAACACCUGGGCCACUUGAGCGGAGAGGAGGGAUUUAAUUUUAGAGACCAGACACAUGUUCACUCUUAAACACAAGCAAAAUCUGAGGUCUAUAUUCAGACAGUAUUCUGCAGCACAGAGGGGCUUAGUGGGGGACUUUUUCCAGCAAGAACACGAAGUUACCUUAUUCUUGGAGUUGUAAAAAAACAAGUGGAAAACCUGUUUUCUCUCUUUGGUUAAACAUUGGACAGUAGGCAAAGAAUUAAGGAUUUUCUUCGAGAGGUUGUUGCUGCUGGUUGGACUCUGGGACUUGGACUGGGAAACAGCAGACUAAGAGACUGCAAUGGGAGGAUGGGCGCUGCGUCUCGCUGUGGGGAUCACCAUUCUCAUGCUUACUGUCACAUCCAGCCACGCUAAUGACGUGAAUCACUGUACAGCUGCCAGGACCAAAACCUGCUCAGGCUGUAUCCAGAUCGGCUCAGGAUGUUCAUACUGUUCUGAUGAUAAUUUCAUGUAUGAUCGGUGUGAUUUGAAGGCCAACUUGGAUGCCCAUAAGUGUCAGCUGCUGGUAACAGUUGAGAGCACCAAAGAAAUGCAAAGGAACCAGCGGAUCGACAAGAUGCUGAAGCUGCCACAGGUGGCUCCUCAGAAGAUGCUCAUGACGUUUCUCCCCGGUGAGGAGAAGGAGGUGGAGAUGGAGGUCUUUGAGCCGUCCCGUGGUCCUCUGGAUCUCUACAUCCUCAUGGACUUCUCUAACUCGAUGUCUGACGAUCUGGCCAACCUGAAGAGAAUGGGGGACCAGCUGGCUCAACUUGUCGGGGAAAUCUCUGAUGACUACACCAUUGGAUUUGGAAAGUUUGUGGACAAAGUCACAGAACCACAGACAGACAUGAGACCAUCCAAGUUAAAGCAGCCGUGGCCCGACAGCGAUUCUCCUUUUUCAUUUCGUAACAUCAUCCCUCUCACCAACAACAUAACCUACUUCAGACAGAUACUGCAGAUGGAGCGAAUAUCUGGCAACCUGGAUGCCCCGGAGGGGGGAUUUGAUGCUAUUUUACAAGCUGCCGUAUGCCAGACUCAGAUUGGCUGGAGGGAACACAGCACCCACUUGCUGGUCUUCUCCACUGAAUCUGCUUUUCAUUAUGAGGCAGACGGUACCAAUGUGCUUGCAGGUAUUUUGGAUCGUAACGAUGAGAAAUGCCAUUUGAAUCCAGAGGGACAUUACACACACGACACCCUUCAAGAUUACCCAUCUAUACCCACACUAGUGCGACUUCUGGUUAAGCACAACAUCAUCCCAAUCUUUGCCAUCACCAACCACUCCUACUCGUACUACGAGAAACUGUAUGACUACUUUCCAAUUGCUGAAAUUGGACAGCUACAGGAAGAUUCUUCCAACAUUCUGAGCAUUUUAAGAAAAGCUUUCAAUAAUAUUCGUUCCAAGAUCAGUAUGCGUUUUGAGGACAAACCAAAAGCACUGGAAUCUAAAAUUCUCUAUCAGUCCGGCAGUACGUGGGAAUAUAAUAAAUCUGGGAAUUUCAGAGUCGAACCAGGCGAAAUCGGUAAAUUUAAGGUCCGUCUGAAGGCCCUUACUCAGGUUGGAGAGAACCCUGUGUGUAAGGCUGACCUGGCUGACCGGGCAGGAUCUAUGCGAGUCAAACCCACCACCUUUAGCUCCGCCUUCAAUAUCGACACUGAAGUGCUCUGUCCAAAAUGUGACUGUGAAAAGACCCCGGCUAAAAAUGCAGCACGCUGUAACAAUCAUGGAGAUGUGGUUUGUGGGAAAUGCCAGUGUUACAGUGGAUGGCUAGGUCCCUUCUGUAACUGUUCGGCCGGAGAAUCCAAAGACUCCCCCCUGUGUUUGAAGCCCGGCACGACGGAGCCGUGUUCUGGCAGGGGAGACUGCAUGUGCGGUACCUGCGUGUGCUAUAACCCCAACCAGUUUGAGGGGCCCUUCUGCGAGUUUGACAAAUCUCAGUGUCCGAGAUUUGGUGGAUUUCUAUGUAAUGACCGUGGCAGCUGCAGUAUGGGGAAAUGUUUGUGUUCGCCUGGCUGGAGUGGAGAUGCCUGUGAUUGUCCCACCAUCAACCAAACAUGUCUGGACAUCAAAGGGGGUAUCUGUAAUGGCCGUGGUGAGUGUAUAUGUGGCCGGUGUAAGUGUGAGCACUCUGGACUUCAGCUAAGCCUCACUUGUGAAGCCAACUUCCAGGCUCAGCUGGGAAUGUGUGAAGCCAAAAGGAGCUGCGUUCAGUGCCAAGCCUGGAACACUGGCGAGAGGAAAGGCAGAAAGUGUGAUGAGUGUACAUUUCAGUCCGUCUUGGUAGAUGAACUGGAGGAUGAUGCUAACGUGAUCGAGAAGUGUAGUUUCCGUGAUGAAGAUGACGACUGCACGUACCACUACACCGUGAAUUAUCCAUUAGAAAACACGGCCAAAGAUCAUCAUGUCCUGGUGAAGAAAAAGAGGGACUGUCCACCUGGAGGUUUCCUGUGGUUAAUUCCUCUCAUAAUGUUUCUGAUGCUCCUGCUCGGUUUGCUAUUACUCUGCUGCUGGAAAUAUUGCGCCUGCUGCAAGGCUUGCCUCGCUCUCCUACCCUGCUGUGGCAGUGGUCGUAUGGUGGGAUUCAAAGAGGAUCACUACAUGCUACGUCAGUCAUUGUUGACCUCUGAUCAUCUGGAUACCCCGAUGGUGCGCACCGGUCCACUCAAGAGCACUGACGUGGUGCGCUGGAAAGUCACCGAUAACGUUCAUCGACCACCAAACCACCCCCAAAACCAGAUCCAGCCCAACCCCAAAGAGACCAUACAAUUUCCCGUCUCUCUCCGUCUGAACCGGCAGUAUUCCGAACCUCUUUCGCUGCCCGAUGCUCGGGAAACAGACAUGCUCAGACGGGAGGUGGAGGACAACCUCAAUGACGUGUUCAUGCAGAUCCCAGGCGCGCAGACAGUGCAUAGAACCAGGUUCAGGACACAAAGAAAUUCUGGAAAGAGACAGAACAACACGAUUGUUGACACGGUUUUAUCAGCCCCGCGUUCCAGUUACCUUGACAUUGUGAAACAAACAGACAAACAGGUUCAGGCUGGAAACUUCCGUGACCUAAAAGUGGUUCCAGGCUACUACACUGUAGCUAAUGAUAGAGAGGCGGCAGGCGCUGUAGAGUUUCAGGAGGGCGUGGAGUCUGUGGACGUCCGGAUUCCACUCUUUAUCAAAGAUGAGGAUGAUGAAAAGAAGGAGCUGCUUGUGCAAGCGGUAGAUGUGCCAGUUGGAAUUGCGAAGAUCGGCAAAGAUCAUGUCAACAUCACUGUGAUUAAGGAACACGCUCGCAGCAUCUUUACCUUCCUGCAGCCAUCAUACACCUUCAGUCGGCAGGAUGGUGUGGCAAACAUUCCCAUCAGCCGUGAGAUCAUUGAGGAUGGACGAACACAGGUCUCAUACUGCACCCGAGACCUCACCGCCAAAGACAAAAAGGACUAUAUCACAGUUGAUGGGGAUUUGAGUUAUGGACCUGGUGAGAAGGAGAAGACUGUCCCAGUGAAACUAUUGGAGCUCGGGGAGGGAGAUGCACUUCUGGAGGACAAACAGGUCAAACAGUUUGUGAUGGAUCUCAGUAACCCACGGCAAGGCGCUAAACUUGGCCGAUACCCACGAACCACUGUCACCAUCGCCGAUAAAGGAGAACCUGGUAUGGUAAUGUUUAAGAAAAGCACUCAAACUUACAAUAUAGCGGAUCCCAUCUACUCCAUCCCUGUGGUACGCACCCGAAACCAGGAAGGUCCGACCACCGUGUACUGGCGCACAAACAAAGCAUCGCGCUUCGACCUCUCUGGUCCUCUAAAAUUUGGACCGGGCGAGACCGAAAAGAACGUUGUGAUUGACCCUCGUGCAUAUCCGUCAUCCGUCAUACCCGAGACGUUCCAACUGGAGCUGUACGACCCAAGCCCCAAUGCAACCAUUGGAGAGAGAAAGACCACGCUGGUGAACGUAUUUGAUGGUAGAGGAGAUAUGAAAAGUCAGGAGUUCCAGAAAAUUGAUCACAUGAGUCCCACGGGCGCGUCACCUGGAGGACGUCUCUACCCCCCGACCAACAUCAAAGCUGUACCCACUGGUCCUAAAAACAUACGAGUGAACUGGAACCCCAGUGGAAAUGCCACUGGUUACAGGGUGAAGUACUGGAUUUAUGGAGAUCCUGAGGCUGAUGCACAGGUGAUGGAUGUAAAGUCUCCUAAUGCUGAGUUUACCAAUCUCUACCCUUACUGUGAUUAUGAGAUGCGUGUAUGUGCCUACAAUUCACUUGGAGAUGGCAACUACAGCGACAUAAUCCCAUGCAAGACUCUUGAGGAUGUUCCUGGUGAACCUGGUCGACUGGCUUUUAAUGUUAUUAGCCCCACUGUCACUCAAGUUAGCUGGGCGGAGCCAGCAGAGACAAAUGGUGUCAUUACUUCCUAUGAGGUCAUCUACACACCCAUCGAUGAGGACAACAAGCCUCAAGGAGCUUCUAAGAAGGUGAUGAUUGAUAACCCUAAAAAGCGGAUGCUGCUCAUCGAGAACCUUCAGCCUUCCCAGACAUACUGUUACAAAGUGCGCGCUCGCAACAAGGUGGGCUGGGGUCCGUACAAAGAAGCCACCAUCAACCUGGCUUCACAGCCUGCCAGACCCAUGUCAAUUCCCAUCAUUCCAGACAUUCCCAUUGUGGAUGCAGAAGCUGGUGAUGAGUAUGACAGCUACCUGAUGUACAGUAAUGAAGUACUACGAUCUCCAACCAGCAGCCAGAGACCAAGUGUGACGGACCUGACUGACGAUCAGCUUAUAAACGGAAAAUGGGACCAAAACUUCUUGUUCCCUGGAGGAAGCAGUUCUCUGUCGCGCAACGUCAGCUCUUCGUCAUCCACGUACAGCCAUUCCAUACCUCGUCCGGCUGGGACCAAUCACAGCAGCACAACGACGUACAUUUCUGGCAAAGGGGGCUCAACCACUCACAGAUUCGAUGGGGGACUCCUCAGAGAUGAGGUGACGCUGAGGAAACGUUCUGAGAAUAGGCAUUACACAGACAAUGAUGGUGUGAGAGACUCCAUCGUCAUGGGAAACCUGUCUGGUGGAUUUUUGGACAAUAUCGGGGUCUCUAGCUUCAGCCAGAGUACAACCACCAACUACAGCAUGAGCUCCAGAACUCGUACCCAAUCUGAGGAUAUCAACGAUGCGUUGCAGAACCUGGAUAUGGUUCUUCACGACUCUCGCAUAAACCCCAGCGUUCCUGAGACUCCCAGCAGAUUGGUGUUCUCUGCUUUGGGACCCACUGCCCUCAAAGUGAGCUGGCAGGAGCCUCAUUGCGAGACAGAUGUUUUGGGAUACUGUGUCCUAUACCAGCUUAUCAAUGGAGGUGAGAUAAAACGUAUUGAGGUGAAGAAUCCAGCACAGAACUCUGUGGUGGUGCAGGAUCUUCUUCCCAACCAGUCCUACGUCUUCAAAGUAAAAGCCCAGAGUCGGGAGGGCUGGGGUUCUGAGAGAGAGGGAGUCAUUACCAUUGAAUCUGCCGUCGAUCCCAAGAGUCCACUUAGCCCCAUGCCAGGGUCUCCAUUUACUCUUAGCACACCAAGUGCUCCAGGACCUCUGGUCUUCACGGCUCUGAGUCCAGACACCCUUCAGCUGAACUGGGAGAAACCCCGUAAACCCAACGGAGAUAUCCUGGGCUAUGUGGUCACCUGCGAACAGCUGCACAGUGGAGGAGAUCUUCGGUCCUUCCAGGUGAAUGGCAACGCUGCAACGUCAUUGACUGUGUCUGACCUAAAAGAAAACAUGCCGUACAAAUUCAAAGUUCAAGCCCAGACCACACAGGGCUUUGGACCGGAGAGAGAGGGAAUCAUCACCAUAGAAUCUCAAGAUGGAGGCUCCAUGUCUCAGUUUAGCAGUCAAUCAGUUACAAGGAGGGAAGUUUUCAACCUACCAACAGAAAUGACAACACACACAAUGUUCUCAGAACCCUUUGUGUCUCCAGAGGGCAUGAUGAUGAUGUCGAGCAGACACGUCACAGAGUCGAGCGGUGGUUCCAUCACCCGGCAGGUGGAGAUGGUGCAGAGGGGAGUCGUGUCCGGCACCACGGUCACAAAGAGAGUAGACCGACAGUACUAUGAGUCAUAAACCUCUUGACACUCCAUCUGCCUUCUGAUAAAAUCACAUGACGAAGCAACAUUACACAUAUUGUGGAACUUUGUGUUAGUUGAAUUUGAACGUGUGAUUUUAGCUGAGCUCUUCCUUGAAUCAUCAACAAGGUCAUCAAAGCCUUGAAACGUUAUUGAAUGUAAAAACCUUUGAGUGUUAUGAGAAUAAUUAUCAAGACGUGCUCCAUGGGAUACGGUUGUGGAUAUUCUGUUGCCUGUUUGAACUGGACAGCUUUAGUCUUGGCUAGGUCAGAUUUCAUACUUCGGAUGUUUGUAAGUUGGUUUUGAAAACAUUCUUUCAAGUUUAUGUUUCUCGGCAAAUGCACCAUAUGCGAGUUAAUUUACGGUGUAUAUUUCAAGAUUUGUAUUCUCCCACCCUCUCAAAUCACUUUGUUUUUAAGAGUUGCAUAAAAUGUUGUUGCAUAUGGACUCCAUUCUGAGGAUUGUAAAAAUGUUACUGAGGUUUUUUUAUCGCCUGUUGCAAGAUGUGCUGUUGUAACGUUAGGCAUGUGGCUAUAUUUAAGACACACAUAUGUUUUAGAUGCUGGUGAGCAAGACUUGCAUUAUCUCGCUUGGUGAACCAGCAGCUAACCGGUCUGAACUAGUGUGAAAUUGAAUUCUGGUCAUUUUAUAACAAAGAACUACUCGAGUCUGCUGGUUUUGUGCUUUAUGCUACUGAUCAUUUGAAAAAGAUUUUCGUACCUAUAUUUUUUACUGCAUUUAUACAUUUUAUAUGGUACUUAUCACUUGGCAAAAAUAUCUUUUUAAUUUUUAUAUUGAAAUACUAUCAUAUCAUAUAUUCAAAGUAGAGCAUAUAACCGGUCUAAAUUUCUCUGUGGAAAGCAAAAACCGUUUUGUGUGCAUGUCAAUUCACCACACUGAAUGAAACAAUAAAUCCUAGUACCACAGUUGAA